AUGUUGAGGAGAUUAAGGAGAAUAAAUGGAAAUGUAAAUUCUGUCAAAAAGUAUUUAGUGGUGGGUUACAUAAUUAAAGCACAUCUGUCAGGAAUUACUAGCCAUGAUGUUGAGAUUUGUAAUAAAGUCAAUCAUGAGACACAAUCAUAUGCAUUCUUAGCCAUGUUUGGAAGUGGAAGUAACAAAAAAUUAAAAAGUUCAACUGGUUCUUCUUCUACUUUAAACUCUAAUGAUCAUGGGGAGGAAACAGAUUCACCAUUUUCAACACUUUCUAAAGGUAGCCAAAGGCAUCAAAGUCAAGCAUCUUUACUAGAAAUGAAUAAGAAAAAAGACAAGGAGUUUGUUGAUAAAAUGCUUACUAAGUGUUUUUUGGUGAACAAUGUCGCUUUUAAUAUUGUUCAAACUGGUGCUUUUGGAGAAUUUGUUAAGACAAUGGCUAAAUAUGGUGCAGCAUACAAGCUUCCAUUUUUUUUUUUUUUUUUGGGUAAUUAUAAGCUUCCAUCUUACUCAACUCUUCGAGAUAAGUUAAUUCCAGAAUCUAGAAAAGGCGUUGAUGAGCAUGUUGCUAUGGUGAAGCAUUCUUGGGAUGCAUCUGGAUUUGGUUGCACUAUAAUGUUUGAUAUAUGGAUUGAUAUAAGGCACCGAUCUUUCAUUAAUCUUGUGGCAUAUUCACCUGCUAGUGCAGUGUUUUUAAAAUCAUUAGAUGUUUCUCGAGAAAGAAAAACUGGCAUUUAUUUGAAAGAAAUUGUUGUUUCUGUGAUUGAAUCAAUUGGACAAGAACAUGUUGUGCAAUUCAUAACUAAUACUGGUAGCAAUUUCACAUCUACUGGUGACAUUGGAUUGUAUCCUCAAAUGUAUAAGACAAGGUGUGCUACUCAUGGAAUUCAGCUUCUUUUGACAGACAUAUAUGAAGAAGUUAAUCGGGUAAAAGUUGCCAAAGAUGAAGCAAGAAUAAUAGUUAUGUUCAUGACACGGUGCACGGUUCUUCAUAUAGCAAUGAAAAAGUUACACCAAAGAUAG